GCUAACAGAUUACACACCCUUCCACUGCUUGCCGCGGCGUUUAUCCGUUCAAGACCGAGAAGAAGUUAAGAAGAUGACGAACGAUUUAAAGGAACGGCAAAUAAUUAGACCCAGUAGCUCCCCUUAUGCGUCAGCAAUAGUGUUACUGAAAAGAAGAGCGGUGAUACCCGCAUGUGCGUAGACUAUAGGGCCCUAAACAAGAAGACGGUACGGGAUAACUUCAAACUACCCCUAAUCGAAGAUUGCGUAGACUAUAUGUCGAGGAAAAGAUGGUUCACGCUGUUAGACUUGAAAGACGGAUUCAACCAACUAGUAAUGGAUGAAACCUCAAUACCAUUGACCUCAUUUGUCACACCACAUGGACAGUUCGAGUAGCUAAGAAUGCCGUUUGGUUUGAAAAACGCCCCGGCAAAUUUUCAGAGGUUCGUCUAUAACAUUUUUAGGGACUUUAUAGAUGAAAGCAAGAUCAUAGUAUGUAUUGAUGACAUACUAAUCGCUUCCCGCGACUUCAAGAGUCAUAUCGAAUGUUUAAAGGAGGUGUUACAAAGGGCUACGGAAAGGCAAUUAGAGCUUAAAUUGAAGAAGUGCAAGUUCGGCUACCAAAAAAUUGAAUACUUGGGUUAUUCGGUAAGCCCCUUGGGAAUACAGCCAUGUGACUCGCAUAUUAGAGCAAUAGCCAAUUACCCUGCCCCCAGGAAUCAGAAAGAGCUCAGAUAAUGUAUUGGACUUUUUUCUUAUAUCCGCAAAUUCGUGCCAGCAUUCUCAAAAACGGCUAAGCCACUUUUAGACUUGCUUCGGAAGGAAAAUACCUUCUCUUUCUCAAACGAAUGCAUGCAAUCUUUUAACGAGCUCAAGAACCAGCUUGUCUCGGCCCCUAUAUUGGCAAUAUAUAAAUAUAUAAAGACGGAAACAGAACUUCACUGUGACGUACGUAGUAACGGGUUCGGCUCUACCCUUAUGCAAAAACAAGAUGAUGGCAGGUUCCAUCCAGUAGCUUACUUCUCGAAGACCGCCACGGCAGCCGAAUCACGAUACCAUAGCUUCGAGCUGGAAACCAUUUCCAUUACGCACUUCGACGGUUUAGAAUUUAUCUAGAGGGAAUCCCGUUCAAAAUUAUUACCGACUGCAACUCGCUUACCCUAAUAUUGUGCGAGAGACAAGUCAACCCGCGGAUAGCAAGAUGGGCGUUAGAGCUGGAAAACUUCAAUUAUUCAAUUCAGCACAGAAGUGCUAUAUCACUCGGUCAUGUUGACGCCUUAAGUCGACACCCGUCUCCUCCCCCCACGACGAACACGCAAGUUGAAGACCCGGUAGAACCUGUUAAACAAAAGCCCUAUGUGAGUGAUACAUCUGAGCAACCCUGGGUCCGAGGUCCGCUGCCACAUCAAUCCGAAUGCCACAGAUUAGGGAAUAAGUUAGAAAAGGAGGGUGAGGGGGGCGACAACGAGGGGGAAUCGCGGAAACUAGCUCUAAUCGCGGCUGUUGACCAAAAUGACCUAGACCUUCACAUACAGGUCGCCCAAAACAGAGUCGAAAAACUUAGAGAAUUGAUGGGCAAGUUAGAGGAGGGGGAGGUACAAGGCUACGAGCUUCAGGACGGCUUAGUUUUGAAGAAAACCCAGGGGUCUAGUCCGUUGCUAUGUGUCCCGGGGGAAAUGCAAGAAAACGUAAUUCGUAUGAUACACGAGAAGAUCGGUCAUCUAGGUGUAGAAAAAUGCUACGAGCAAAUCCGUAAGGCCUGUUGGUUCGAACACAUGAAAGAAAGGAUAAACCGAUUCAUACAAAAUUGUAUAAAAUGCAGUAUUUAUUCAGCACCAGCCCGCUCUAACGAACAUAACAUGUUUAGUAUUCCAAAAAGGCCAAUACCAUUCUACACCAUUCACCUUGGCCACUUCGGACCGCUGCCCGCCCUCAGGUCAAAGCGAAAACAUAUUCUUGUUAUGAUAGACGCAUUUACGAAGUUUGUAAAACUGUACCCGGUCAACUCUACCAGCUCGAAAGAAGUAUGUUGCUCCCUGGAAAAAUACUUUAGCUACUAUAGUCGACCGAGGCGAGGGAUUAGUGACAGAGGAACCUGCUUC